AUGGCGAUGACCGUUGUUGAGCCGUUCGAGGACGAGAACGGGGUGAAAAGGGUAAAUGAAGAGGAGAGGGGAAGUGAGGUCACCUUCAGAGGUCUGAAGGUGACUCUGGGCCUGGGCACCAUCCUGGGCUCAUUUCCCUUCUCCGUCACGGGUCCCGGUGUCACCGUCGCCUUCUCCUGGCGCUCCGUCUCGUUCCUCUGGACCGUUUUACUCUUUUUCUUCUACACCAUGGACGCUGUCUACUUCUUCUCCGACUUGUCUCGAGGUGAGCAAACCAAGACAAUCGACCUCGAAGCGCAGGGAAACUCCGGGAUUUCGGCCGAGAUCAUCGCGAUCCAACGCAGCGCCCAGCGGCUUUUCUACCUGACGGUGAUCGGAGGCGCGAUGGUACACAAGGAGUCCCUGGCCAGGGCCCUCUCCUCCGUCUGUCGCAUGGCCCGCCCCGACGCCAAGUUCCAACGCGACCUUCUCUGUGGCUAUCUCAUCAUCCAGGCCAUCCUCCUUUCCACGUUCUUCAUGCUGAAUCGCUCCCAAUUCACCACCAUGUCCUGGAGCCAGUGGAUCUUGUUCCUCAUCCACAAGAUGGUGACCACCAACGCCCUCGCCUUCUACGCCCCGCUCUACGCUCUCCAUCCUCGCGUCCUCGCCAGAACCCUCCUCGACCUCAAGUUGGAUCUCGAGGGUUUCCGGCUGGACUGCACCCAAGCCCGCGCCCGCUACCGAGAGAUUCGCGAUACAGUCCGAUCCCUGAACAGGGGCUUCGGCCUCGUGAUCAUCAUGCUUCACGGCUACAUCGCCUAUACCCUCGUGGAGCAGCUCUACCUCAUCGCCACUCUCACGGACAUGGCCCAGUCCGUCCAUAUGACAGCGCUGCUCGGUUCAGUCCUAACCAGCGUCUCGAGAAUCGUGGUCGACGUCGCCAUCCUCCUCAUCAUCAAUUGGCCUGCUCAGCAAUUCCUCGAUCGGGACCAGGAGCUGAGGGAAUAUCUGUCGGACAUGGAGGGCAGCGGAGCAACCAGCGGUUACGGAGACCUGGGCUCCAUCGAGAAGAACCGCAGCAUGAUGCUGACAGGAGCGGGCUACCUCACUCUGGGCAAGCGUCUCAUCAUGAAGGCAUUCGGCAUGGUGGUGUCGUACACGGUCCUUCUGGUCCAGUUCCGUCAGGCCGAGGUCGUCCGUGGAUCUGUUCGGCCCAUCAAUCGCUGA